AUGUCGCUGUAUUUUUACCUUUGUACUCUCUUGUUCCGGAUAAGCUUUUUAUUGAUAUACGAAGACCAGCACGAUAUCAUAAACAUAGCAACUGAUAAUCCAACCAUAAACCUCUCAUCAAUCUAUAAAGACAUUCGUUCUACCGAUCCUGUCAUCAGAUUAGCAAUCCAGACCAAAAUACGAGAUCUCCCUCUAAUACAACUCGACAAUCUUCUUCGACAAUGGAUCGGUCAUGCACUUCGUCAAACACAGAGAUGGCCAAUACAUCGCCUACUUCGCUGCAUCGAUAUAAUUAUUCAAAGCAUUGAUCAAAAUGAGAAACAUGUUCUUCGCCUGCCUUCUCUUCACAAAAGUAUCCAACAAGUUCUUGUGGUGACACACACAUCUCCAAGCGACGUGACUGCUCAGGCUUUCUUACCUUGCUUCACCAAGCUAUUCGAGAGGUUUUCUAGGUUAUUGCCACGCAAAGAAUGUCAGAGUGCCGUUGGAAACCUUAUUAAAUGGUGUAUGGAAUCUGAAAAAUCUAUCCGUCUUAUUUGUCUUCGAGGUCUAUUAAAACCGUGUUUCCAAAAGACUCUUGUACAAUGUGAUGCAUACUGGUUAUUAACUCAGCAACUUCACACUAUCCAAACGGAACGUGACGAACUUACUUUAGUAUCUCGUCUACUAGAGCAAUUAAUAAAGUAUGGAAGAGAUGCUCCUAUCGGUAAACACGCCCACACCCAACUAGUAAAUUUCUCGAACGCUGCACACUUUCAUAUCCUUGUUGGUGUUUGGGAAAAUGUCUCCAAAACCUACCAAGAACAACCACUAGACAUUCGACCAAUUCACUCUUUGACAACAAUAGUCAAUAUAUGUUGUCAUGUAUCUGAAAAGGCAGUAGAGCGAAUUUCUGAACGGAAAAGUAUAGAAAAAUGGCAACCUCUAAUGUAUCAGGCGAUGCGAGACUUUUUGAUUCAAUCUAGCGCACUUAAGCAGUCUCUCUACGGGCAGAUGUCAGAGGCAGAGCAAUCGAAAGAAACACCAUGGCCAAAGCCAGAACCUUCGUCAAAGUAUAAAAACGAAACCGAUAUUUCUGCAUCUCUCUUGAGCCGUAUUCUCCAAUGCAAUUCCAGAGUAUUUCCCGCCUCUCAGAAAAUAAAAACUCCACUAGCCAUUAAUCAAUGUGUUUUAGCAAUCAUUCAAUGCUUAACAGUUUAUAUAUCAUGGCCGAUCACCCCCGAAGAUAUUUCUCAAGUUGGUCAAGAAAACUGGACGACCAAUUUGUACAUUGAUGCAGAAACACGGGCAUUCUGUUGUGUGGACGCUGGUCUUCUACUACUAUAUGAACCGUUGUUUGUAAUACUUCUUGAUGGCUUAAUACAAAUAGUACCACAUAUUCCUACACACCAAGUAGCCCAGAUAUCUCGAUCGAUAGCAGUCUGCAUACAAGCUAUAUGGACCAGCUUAUUACGAAGUAAUAGGGAAUCCCCCCAGAUUAGCAGUCGAUUGGAGAAAUUGACUAUAUUCUUACUUCAUUAUAAUAAUGCCAUUGAUCAAUUUGCGAAUGCAUCUUCUUCUCUCCAGCCUCUUAUCUGGCGACCAACCCUGGAUCAAGCCAAACAGUGUCUUAUGGCCAUGACCUCUCAGAAACCAACAGAAUGGGCUCCCAACGUGAUAGACAAAGCCAAAAGAGCCCUUAUAUCUCUAGAGAAAGCAACUCAUCAUGCUCGCGCUUGCGAAAGGCUAGUAAGUGAAGAUGCUUUAUCACUUGUAUCACCCGAAUUGGUUCCAGAUGAGUCCAGAACAGGAGCAUCUACCGACAGUCUGACGAUAUACGCACUUCUUGUACGCUUCAUAUCAUCUCUCGUGAAUAAAACAGCAUACGUACGAAUACGACUAAGGGAAGAGCAGACAUUGAUGCCGAUGAUAUUUCAUUUAUUGACCAUUGGCGUACAAGAAAGAGAAAAAUCAAUAUCACAAAGGAAAGAAUGGAAUCGUUUGUUGUUCUGGUCUAUUGAUGUGAUUCGCGCCUUUAAGUUCGAUCAUGUUUCAUUGCGUGCGUGGAUAACUUGGACCGAUCAAAAAUUAGCCAAGAUGAAUAUUUCUACAGCCACAGCUACUUAUAAGCCCUCGCUCUGCACAAUUUUAAAGCUCAUCUUAACGCCCUUUCAACAAACCAGCAUAUACCCCUCAAUGGAUAUUUGGAGUAGUGAUGAAGAAGUUAUAAUAACUGCUAUAUUCCUUAUGGACCAACUGAUAGUGUUACCUGAUUUUGGAAAACAAAUCAUGGAGACACCUGGAUUUCUGGAAUGUCUCUCUAAACUUUUAAUCACCGUCUGUUGUCCCGUUACCGGGAGAUCAAGAAGAAUGGCUAUAGACGAAAUAGUUAAUCCAGAUCUCAUGGAGUAUAAAAGUAGCGAAUACACAACAGAACUACCCAAAUCUAUCGACAGGCAUGGUAUUAGUUCGCCAUACAUACAGGUUCUCCAAAAAACUAUUACUCGACUACUGACUACCAAGGAGAACAUCAUGGUUAUUUUGAAUCAAUAUCUUCUCACAUCCUUCUUUAAUCCUAUGCUUCGGACCAUGUCAACCCAAGGAACUUACUGGCAAGAUUUCUUCAGUGAACAGAUUUACGAGAGGAUUUACGACGACCUGCAACGCAUAUUUCUGUUUACGGCAGACGAUAAUAAUGCUAUUAUCCUUCAUGAAUCCACUGCAAUUGCCAUUUCAUACGCAUGUAUGGACCCUAGUCAUUGGGGACUUUUAUCAGAAGAGCAUUCAGGGGGUAUCUUGUACACGAACUCUGUGCUAGGAGUAAUCUGUCAUAUGUUAGUCUAUGAUCUUGAGCAUACUCAAACAGACUAUGCUAUGGAAAGAUAUAUUAUUGGGAGAAAGGUGGCCGCGGCUCAAGUACUGGAAACUAUGGGGACUAAGGCAGCUCAAUUUUGGUAUAGAUCUCCUUUUCAAUGGCCCGGAAAACGAGAUAUUGAAACAAAUACAACAUCUACUCCGGUACUAUUCAUCACGGAUGAUAGCGAUGAAUUAGUCGAGUCAACCUCAGAUGUGCUUAUACCCCAGUCAUCAUCAUUUACAGCACUUUUAAGUAACAUAUACAGCGAAUCGACCGUAAAGCCAAUUCGUCUCCAUGAUGUAUCCUGUUCAGGGCUCCGCUUACUCUUUAGUCUUCUCAGCCGACUUAAAACACGUCCUACUCUAUCAGACGCGGCCCUCUUACCACAAUCAAUAUCAUGGCCUGACGUUAUAGAAUUACUUAAACUAGCAGAUCGGUUUGGAUGUUAUGAUGCUCUUUAUGUGUGUGAGCAAUGGAUAUUAGACCAAGUAAAACACAGAGUCGUUACCAAUGAAUGUCUUGAGGGUUGUGUAAUGCUUUUCAGAGCAUGCCGGGAUCCAACUGCUAAUGAUGGAGGCAUAACAUCAAAUGUGUGGCCGUUUCAACAAGUGGUCCAAAUAUGUGUCCAAGGUCUUAUAUCUCACUGUGUACGCAUGGUAUCUCUCAAGAGUUUUAAAUCGAUGGUUGAAGACAAUGAUUCCGAUGAACUAAGUGCAUUCUGUGAUUCCAUUGUAAUCACCUUGAAAUUUGGAGUCAUUCCCAGAGAUGAUACUGUUAAAUAG